CCCAGGCCAUGGCUGAAGAUGGGCAGCCAAGAAUGAAGACAGAAGAGUGUUCGGAGGACAGUCAGGUCUGCUAUGCCUGCUGCUCGCUGAGAGCAAUACGUCGGGCAGUGUUGGGGCUUUUACUUGGGUGUGGUGUGGCUCUGGCAUGGGCUGGGGCUACACACUGUGCCAAGCAGUCACUGGGGCAGUUCCCUGCCCCCUUCUUCAUGACCUGGUUCUGCGGUGCAUGGAACAUCCUCCUGUUCCCCCUCUACUACCUGGGACAUACAUUAGGGGCAGUGGAGUGGCAGUGGCCCAAAGCCCACUUCAGGCAGUGCAGUGGCUUCCUGGUGGCGGAGGACAUGACAGUGAGAAGGCUCCUGAAGGGUGCUGCACCAUUCUCUGUGCUGUUGAGUCUAUCGGGCUACUUAUAUCUCCUGGCCCUCCGACGCAUCUCAGCAGGUGACGCUAGCGCCAUUCUCUGCUGCAGCCAGGCCUUCGUUUUCCUACUGUCCUGGAUUGGACUCAAAGACCGCUUCAUGGGUGUGAGGAUAGUGGCCGUCAUCCUGUCCAUCACAGGAAUCGUCAUGAUGGCCUACGCUGACGGUUUCCAUAGUGAUUCAAUCACGGGUGUGGCCCUGGGAGUAAGCUCAGCAUUAACCACUGCCCUCUACAAGGUGCUGUUCAGAAAGCGAGUGGGCGAGGUGCAGCCGGGUGAGGCCAGUGUGCUGCUGUCCUGCGUGGGGCUGUGUAGCUGUGUCCUCCACUCCUGGGCUUGUGUUCUGCUCUACCUCACACACGUGGAAUACUGGCCCCCAACUCAGUCCAUUCCCUGGGACACAAUGUGCAUGAUGGCCACCCUGUUUCUCGUGUUCAAUGUGUUGGUGAGUCUGGGGAGUAUGAUUGCCUCCCCGGCCCUCAUUUCAACUGGAAUGUUACUGAGUAUCCCGGCUAACACAGCUGUGGAUUUUUACGUGUCUGCGGCCCGUCCAAUCAGCCAGGUCAGAGUGUCUGCAGCGUGUGUCAUCGGGGCGGGCUACCUGUUACUGCUGCUCCCAGAAGGCUGGGAUGACAGUGCUUUCCGCUGGAUAGAUGGUCUGUGGCGAGGAGGAUGGCAGGCUGACAGUGAGGUCGGAGAUGAAGCAGGAGCUGAUAUAGGAGCCAAUGCAAAACACAAGACUAAACCAGCAGGCAUUGCUGCCUUAACUUGACUCUUUGGUUUUCCAGGGGGAAACUCUGUGUCAAAAACCUCUUGAGAAAAUGUAACCAUUGCCUGUCUUAGCUUAGGUGCCGGGUGACCCUAUGAACCACAUUGUGGAUGUUUUCUUACCAGGCUACAGUAAAGAUCUGAGAUAUGUUGAAGAUACCUACAUGCCAUUGGUCGCGGUUUUUCACCCUGAGCCAAGUUGCACACAUUCACACUUUUUUGGGAAUGUUUUCUUUUUCUGCCGACUAAUGAACUAUUCGACAAGGAAUCCUGGACAUUUUCCCAUUCUUCAUUUUACACUUCCCUAAAUCUGCUUUGGAUUUAACACAAAGAUUGUUUGUUUUUGUGAGAAUAUAAAAGAAGACAUGAGUAUAUUUCAGGCCUUUGGCUUACUAAACAUUAUGUUGUUUGGUAAGCACAAGAUGUCAUAUUUGUGUUAACCCCCUAUAAAUCAGGAUUGGAUGUUAAAUGUGGACUGUUGCAUAAGGAAAAAAUGACAUUAAUUAAUAUUAGUUGAAAAGAUGUUACAAUUAUUUAAUGCCUCUUAACAUACUAACGCUUAAAUAUGCCAUCAUUUAGAUAUCUUGAAUUACAGUAAUGUCAGUUGAGUGGCCACUGCCACUGGUCCCAUGACCAAGGUGAAGAGAAAUGGCCUUACAGCAAGCUGAGGGCAGACUUGUCUCAUGACUCAAGAUAGAAUACAAGGGCUGGAGUUCCACCCUCUGGCUUUGAAAGAGCAUUAUAGUGUUUUGACCCAUGAGCAAAGAAUAGAACAAAUAACUCUCUGUAACACCAAUAACACAUAAUCCCAUUCAACCCUAUUAAAUGACCCUUUAAGAAGCAGUAUCCCUUGGUGAUUAAAAGGUUUUGAUGCAAUUUAAUGGGAUUGUCUUUUAUUGGUCUUAGAUGAGAUUAGUUUGAAUGGUAAAUAUUAUUAAACCAUCUAAUUCAGAG